CAGUUUAUGCUCAACUCAUCUUCUUCUCUAUUUCGUUACUGAAUCACAGUAUAAUCCAUUUUUACAUUUGAUUGAAUUUUCUGCGCAUUUGGUUUGUCGUUUUUUGUAUAAUGGCGUAAAUUGUUACUAAUUUCUUCGAGAGGGGAAGUCCAAGAUUGGCCGUGGAAGAACAAAGGGAAAGAUGAAAAUGAAGCUGAGGAAGUUUUUACUUCUCUUUCUGCCGCUGACGUUUGUUGCUCCAAUUCUUCUCUGCACCGACACUCUUCAGUUCUACUUCCCUUCCUCUACUUCUAGGAAUGAGUUCGUGGAAGAUGUUUCCGCAUUUGAAUUAUCAGUACCACUGAAAGAACCACUGCGCACAUCUUACCCUAGAGCAUCAUCUGGAGAGAUUACUCGCAUUACAAGACAGCUAACUGAAGAUUCAGCUGAAGAUGAAACUGAAAACUCAUCCAGCCGUGGAAGCAACAAGCAGUCCUUGGAUGGGAAUGCCAUAAGACAGGUGAUAGGUAAUGUGCAUGAGACUCAGGUUGUGACAGGGAAGGGAACGUCUUAUAAAAUUAAAUCAAGGGAGAAUGAAGAGAUUCUCUCCCUCCAUUCUGAUGGCACAACAGAAAAGUCUUUAGAGAGAAAGGAAAUGAAACAUAUAAAUGGUCCUAGAGAAAAAGUGCACACUAAGACCGAGAAACAGAAUGAACGAACAGUUCUUCCAGAUGCACGUCUCCGCCUGCUUAAGGAUCAACUUAUGCAGGGAAUGAUUUAUCUUUCCCUCCCAGCAACUAGAAAUAAUGCUCAGUUUAUUAAGGAGCUGCGGUUGCGUAUCAAGGAAGUUCGACGCGCAAUUGGGGAUUCCACCAAUGAUUCCGAGCUGCCGAAGAACGCUCAUGAGAAAUUGAAAGCAAUGGAGCAAACUCUGUUAAAAGGGAAACAGAUACAAAAUGAUUGUGCUGCUAUGAUAAAGAGACUCCGUGCAAUGCUUCAUUUGUCUGAGGAGCAGCUUCGUGUCCAGAAGAAACAGGCCUUAUUUUUGACGCACUUAACUGCAAAGACAACUCCUAAAGGGCUUCAUUGUCUUCCUUUGCGCCUUUCGACAGAAUAUUUCUUGUUGAACUCAUCUCAAAUGCAUUUCCCUGACAAGGAAAUAUUAGAUGACCCCAAGUUAUACCACUAUGCCUUGUUUUCAGAUAAUAUACUGGCUGCAGCAGUUGUUGUGAACUCCACAAUAACCCAUGCAGAGGAUCCUUCAAAACAUGUCUUCCACAUUGUCACUGAUAGGCUAAACUAUGCUGCAAUGAACAUGUGGUUUAUAGCAAAUCCCCCUAGCAAAGCAACAAUAAAGGUUCAGAAUGUCGAGGAGUUCACAUGGUUUAAUUCAAGUUACAGUCCAAUUCUUCGGCAGCUGCCAUCCACAAAUUAUUACUUCAAAGGCCGUCGUGCUGAAUCUGAUUCGGGCUUUAGAUAUAGAAAUCCAAAAUACCUCUCAAUCAUGAAUCAUCUGCGCUUUUACCUUCCACAGAUCUUUCCGAAGCUGGACAAAGUUUUGUUCUUAGAUGAUGAUAUUGUAGUGCAGAAGGAUCUUACUGGCCUGUGGUCUACUGAUCUUAAGGGUAAAGUCAUAGGUGUCGUUGAAACAUGUGGAGAAAGCUUUCACCGGUUUGACCGCUACCUUAAUUUUUCAAAUCCUAUUAUCUCAAAGAGUUUCGACCCACGAGCUUGUGGAUGGGCAUUUGGCAUGAAUAUAGUUGAUCUGAACAAGUGGAGGAAACAAAAUAUCACCGAUGUGUACCACAAAUGGCAGAACCUGAAUCGGGAUAGACUCUUAUGGAAACUAGGAACCCUGCCACCAGGUUUGAUAACCUUUCAGAAUCACACCCACGCUCUUGAAAGAUCUUGGCAUGUCUUGGGACUUGGUUAUAAUCCAAAUAUACCUCAAAAGGAUAUUGAACGAGCAGCAGUUAUACAUUACAACGGAAAUUUAAAACCAUGGCUUGAGAUUGCCAUCCCAAAGUUCCGAAACUACUGGGCAAAGUUUGUGGACUAUGAUCAGCUAUACUUGCGUGAGUGCAACAUCACCCCUUAAAUGCAAAAUGCCACAUCGUGAUGUCAUUCUGGAGUGUCAUGGCAGUACAUAUCCCAGUUCAUUGAUGGUGCUCGGUAAUGUCUCGGCCCGGUACAGCUGUUGGUGCAACUACUUUUUUUUUUCAGACAUGAACUAGAAUUUCUUUACAAUAUAUAGAUGUCUACUAGGCUACUACUACCCAUACAUAUUGUUUCUAUUAAUAUUCGUGUUCUGAUUUACUUUGUAUAUGAACCAACUUAAAUCAGCAGUAAUUUCUCUAUUGCCUUGUUACUUUGAAAGCUAA